CCCGCCCCGUUCCCGUCCGCGUUCCCCCUUUCUCCUCUCUCCCCCCGCACCGAGCGCUUGGCGGCGGCGGCGUAGCUCAGUCCUGUUCGUGUUGGCGGCGGCGCCUCCUCGGGCUCGGCGACAUGGAGUGCGCUGCGGCGGGGGCUGAGUUCAACAUCCUUCUCGCCACUGACUCCUACAAGGUUACACACUACAAGCAAUAUCCACCUAAUACAAGCAAAGUAUAUUCCUACUUUGAAUGUCGUGAAAAGAAGACUGAAAAUUCCAAAUUAAGGAAAGUGAAAUAUGAAGAAACUGUUUUUUACGGCUUGCAGUACAUACUGAAUAAAUAUUUAAAAGGUAAAGUGGUGACCAAAGAGAAAAUCAAGGAAGCCAAAGAAGUAUAUAGGGAGCAUUUUCAAGAUGAUGUCUUCAACGAAAAGGGAUGGAACUACAUUCUGGAGAAAUAUGAUGGCCAUCUUCCUAUAGAAAUAAAGGCUGUUCCUGAGGGCUCUGUAAUUCCCAGAGGAAAUGUUCUUUUCACAGUAGAAAACACAGAUCCAGAGUGCUACUGGCUCACAAAUUGGAUUGAGACUAUUCUCGUCCAGUCGUGGUAUCCAAUCACAGUGGCUACAAACUCAAGAGAACAGAAAAAGAUUUUGGCCAAGUAUUUGCUAGAGACAUCUGGCAGCUUAGAAGGACUGGAGUAUAAACUGCAUGACUUUGGCUACAGAGGAGUUUCUUCACAAGAGACGGCAGGAAUAGGAGCUUCAGCUCAUUUGGUAAACUUCAAAGGAACCGACACUGUAGCAGGAAUUGCAUUAAUUAAAAAGUACUAUGGUACAAAAGAUCCAGUUCCAGGAUAUUCUGUUCCAGCAGCUGAACACAGUACCAUAACAGCCUGGGGUAAAGAUCAUGAAAAAGAUGCUUUUGAACACAUAGUGAUGCAGUUUUCUUCAGUGCCUGUAUCUGUGGUUAGUGACAGCUACGACAUUUACAAUGCUUGUGAAAAAAUAUGGGGUGAUGACUUAAGGCAUAUAAUUGAAGGCCGGAGUCCAGAGGCACCACUUAUUAUUCGACCAGAUUCUGGGAACCCCCUUGACACUGUUUUAAAGGUCUUGGAGAUCUUAGGGAAGAAGUUUCCCAUUACAGAGAACUCAAAAGGCUACAAGUUGCUGCCACCAUAUCUCAGAGUUAUUCAAGGGGAUGGUGUGGAUAUCAACACAUUGCAAGAGGGGAUGCUGGUAGAACAGAUUGUGGAAGGAAUGAAGAAGAAUAAAUGGAGUAUUGAGAACAUUGCCUUUGGAUCUGGUGGAGCUUUAUUGCAGAAACUAACCAGAGAUCUCUUAAACUGUUCCUUCAAAUGUAGUUACGUUGUAACCAACGGUCUCGGGGUAAACGUUUUCAAGGAUCCAGUUGCAGAUCCAAACAAAAGGUCGAAGAAAGGACGACUGUCACUGCAUAGAACACCUGCUGGAGAUUAUGUGACACUUGAAGAAGGCAAGGGAGAUCUUGAAGAGUAUGGACAGGAUCUCCUUCAUACAGUAUUUAAGAAUGGAAAGGUAACGAAGUCAUAUUCAUUUGAUGAAGUAAGACAAAAUGCCAGACUGAAGAACAGUGAAAUAGAAAUGGCGUCUCACUAAGUUUCAUUCCAUGUCAGUAUAUGUGUGUGUGUGUAACAAGUAUGUACUGCAUAGCUACUGGGUUUCUUGUACAGAUUUGUGUGUUUGUGUUUUAUGACAUUGUAGCCAAAUUAUUUGUUGGUUUAUGGACAUACUGCCCUAUCUUUUGCCAGUCUUUAGAGAAGAUGAAAUCAGGAAAUGGUACUUGCAUUGUAAAACAUGUGUAAUGCUAAAGUGUGCUUUUUAGGGCCCUUUGCCAGUAGUGAUUCAAUCUGGUAUUGAUCUUUUCACAAAUGAGACAGAGCUGAGAAACUUUUUUAUAUAUAAAACAGAAUAUCACAAAAAGGAUUUACAUAAAAUUAUCAUGAUUGCUUUAUGUUUAUAUUUAACUUGUAUUUUUGUACAAACAAGAUUGUGUAAAAUAUAUUUAAAGUUUCAAUAAUUAAGUCUUUCCAACUUUUCAUGAUUUUUAUGAGCACAGACUUUCAAGAAAAUACUUGGUGGGAGGGGGAAUCCAUUGCCUUUUGUCCAUUAAUCAGCAAAUAAAACAUGGCCUUAAAGUUUGUUGUGACAUCGUACCAUUUGACAACUAAAUCAGGACUCGUAUCUCCUUAAGAUCCCAUAGAAUUGCUGACCUCACUGUUUCUUGUAGUUGUCUGUAUUAGUAAAUCUACAUUAAAGAAAAUUACUGUUCGUACUAGAAGGUUUAGGUACUACAGACCUUGCUGGCACGGUAAGGUAUGUAAAUGAAAUGCCAAAUUUGUAAGGAUUCUCUACUGCAACUGAACUUGCCAAGUCUAUCCUACUUGGCAUAUGCACCUCAAUAUUUUAAGAGUAAAAUUUUUAAGAUAUCUCCUCUUCCACGCUAGAAUAUAUGUGUAAAAUACUGAAAUAUGGAAGCGGUGUAUUUUAAAGUAAUUACACUUCUGGGUUUAUUUUUCAUAUACUGUAAGUGACAUGACUUUAAAGCAAAAUACUGGACUGGGUAGUGCACUUUUUUACUUUUUUGUAUUUUUUUCAUUGAUUUGCCUUUUGUCAGACUGGAUGUUAAAUUGUAAAAAUGUUUAACUAUUUUUGUUAACGACUUUAAUAAAACUUUAUGCUAGCCAAAC